AUGAACACAAAAUGUCUCCCUCCUCCAGAAUCAGCAAAUCUGACAUGCGGUUUCUUUAUACCCCGACUCCAGAUGCCAAACACUCUCUAUCGGAUAUUGUCCUGCUGUGACCGCAGGGCCAAUGCCCGGGUGAAACCGCCGCAUGCUGAUAUAGAUCCCCCGUCGAAAUUCCGCUUCGACCGACUCGGAUCGCAGCUCGAGAAUCAUGCCGGGGAUAGACACAACGAGAAAUUGAAUCCGGGGCGCCGACACAGAAUCGAGGGCGAGCAGUGGGGGUUCGCAACGGAAGGAUUUGAGAUCCCCCCAGAGCAAUACUCGUCAGCCAAACGGACCUUUGAUGUUCAGUUGGGUAGAUAUCAGGGCGAGAAGGUCUUUUAUCGCCGCUUACUUUUGGACCGUCAGGGCGAUUUGAACGCAGUAUCAGACGAGGUUGCGCGCCUCUUGGGUGUGCCGGUCAUGCCAUAUAACGGUCCACCGGUACGCCUGCCCAACGGGUACUGGGCGAAGCCGCAGGGAAUAAUAGAAGUCGAAUGGAGCCUAUAUAAAUGUAUCAGUCACUACAGAACGGAGGUGCUGGUUAUCGAGAACAACUCUUUUGAUAUGGUGUUAGGGGCGUCUUCAAUUCGGAAUCAUGGGCUUUUGGAGCAGACAGCAGUAUCCUCACAUACGUGA